AUGCCAGUCUCAGUACUGCCUGCGCCUUGCACGUUUUCCGCCCUCUUGCAGUUUGGCCAUCCAGCUGCGCAGUAUUUUCGCAAGGUCCAAGGUGGUGGAGUCCUUUCAGAUCUUGAUUAUGUUUUGUUUACGACCUAUUUCGUCAUAUGCGCUGUUUGGAUGUUCCUGGAGUCUACUCUGCUGUGGCUCUUUGUGGACUAUUGCCCAUUGUUUGUAGAAUCUCAGCAGCAUUUUGAGUCAUGUUGCCACAAGGUUCACUGUGGGUUUGAGAUGUGA